CUGUUAACUACCACUCGCAAAGCGAAAAACCAACGUCUCAUUCGUAAUUUAUUUAGAACGAUAGCGUGUAUUUCCUCAGUUUCCACUGGACUUAUGCAGUGUUUUGCAGUUCUACGAUAUUAUUUCAGGGCUAAAUUACUUGGCUAACGUUGGGUUAGCUAGCUUACGUUCAUAGUGGUUGCCACUUGUUGCUAACCAGGAGGAACACCACUCGCAACAAUGCUCAGGACUGUGAUUGAUUGGGAACGGGACCGAGUGAAUUGUAGUGUUUUGCAGGUCAAAUAGUUUUUUAGCAUCCACCGGUUGUUAAGGUAACGAUGACAAAGCUUUCAUUUCCGUUUGCUAUGACAAAAAUAUCUAUUGUUAAGAAAGUUCAAAACCACCCCACUUUAUUCGUUAAUCUGAUUAACGUUAACAGUUAGCGUUUUGUGCCGACGACGCUAGUGCUGGCCACUAAUCGUCAUAUUCGCCUAGUCAGCGGUUUUUCGUCGCCACACCCGCAACCUGUCCAAAAUUAUGGACACAACCAGCGAAUCGGAUUCUUACGACAGGACGCCGGGAGACAGGGCUCGGGGGCGUGAAGCCCAUCGCAGACCUGGCCGGGACAGGGGCAGAGCCAGUGGGAGUGGAGGUGAUGAUAGAGCAGUAGACAUCUCCAAGAAGAUCAGCACCCUGGCAAACACUUUACAGGACACCAGUAGAAACUUGACCAAAGUAGACCGGAUGCUGGGCCAGUACAGGGAGCAUACAGAUGAUCAAACUGAAGCCAUGGCACUGCUCAGGGAAAACCUGGAGGAGUCAAUCAGUCAGCUGCAGACACAGAGGUUGAUCAGAUCCAAUGGGGCUCGAAGUGCUUCAGCUUCGGCCUCUACCCUGCAUACCAGUGACCUGGAGGCUGGCUCAGGGUCAGAGGGUCAACGUUUCUACCCCACCUCUCCACUGAGGGAGUACACAGGCACUCAAGCAAGGAGAAGGAGGUCUCAGUCUGCGGGUGUUCGCUUCAAGGACUCCAACCCGAGAGCAGAGGAUAUUCAUUCUGUACACCAAUCCUUGAGGGAUUUGCGUUGUGACCAGCAGAGACUGUCUGAUGACCUGGAUAGAGAAAUCCUAAGGAGGAAUAGGUAUCUGAGACAAUCUGAAAUUGACACCAGGCGGGCUAUGGAGAGCCUCACAGGGCACAUGACAAGUUCUCAGAGACAAGACUCAGUGUCGGCUCGCGUGGAGCGGCGUCUGCAGGAGCUGGAGAGAGAGACGCACGCUGAUGAGAGGAGCAUGGAGAGAGAGAGAAGGCCUGAGCAGCGGGUGGCCAUGUCUGACGAGCUGCAGGAGAUUUUAGGUAGACACCAAGUUCAAUCCCAUGAUAGAGAGGAGGCCAUGACAACCAGGUUGUUGAAAGCAGAGAAGGAGAAGUCCAAGGUGGAGAAGGAUCUGGAGAGAGCUAGAAGACUAUUAGAACAGUCAGAGGAUAGCAGAGAGUCACUUGUUCAUCAGGUGGAGGGCAUGCGUGGUGAGCUGUUGAGGACGAGGAAUGAGAACACUGAGCUUCAGAGGGCCCGGCUGGAGACUUCUCAGCCCACCGCUCGGCCACAUGGCAGCCACACUGACAGGGAGGAGGGAAGAGGUGGACUGCGGGGGCUAGAUCGUUCAGACCUAGAAAAAGAAGUGGCAGAGCUGCGAGUCCAGCUGUGCAAGGCCUCCGUCCUGGGUGAGGUUGAAGAACUGAAGAGGGCUUUGGAGCGUAAGGAGAAGGAGAGGGUCCAACUCAGCUUACAGGUGGAGGAAUUGUCAUCAGACCUGGCCCAGCGGGAGCAACAGCAACAGCGAAUGCUGGAACAGUUGAGGGAGAUACAGAGCCGAGGGCAGGCAGAGAAGAGGGAGACGGAGGCAUUACUCCAGGAGAGCACAAGGAACAGAGAUGAAUUGAAGAACAGGGCCCAGGAGGCUGUGCGCCAGUGGAGGGCAAAGUGCAAGAGACUGCAGAAGGAGCUGGAGGAGACCAGGGCCCAGACUCAAUUCCAUACUGACAAGGCUUUGCAGGUCACCAGGGAAAAGGAGAGCUCUCAGGCCCAGCUGAAGGCGCUGAGCCAGCAGACUGAGGCGGCCCACAGGGAGCUCACUGAAAUCCUAGGUCGUUUGGCCCAGCGUGAGGAAGAACUCCACCGCAAGGACGUGGAGCUGUCCGAGACCCGCCAGCGCCAGUUGUCACUGGAGCAGGAAAUCCGGGAGGUAAGAGAGGCCUCAGCUGCCCUGGAGCAAGAGACUCAGCGUCAGGCCGCCAUCCAAGCAAGACUAAGGGAAGAGAACCAGAGGCUGGAGGAACGAGCUGACAGCCAUGCCCGUCGUUGUCAAAGAGACCAGGACACACAGGCCGAGCUCCAGGCUGCCCUAAAGCAGAUGACCUUAGUCCGUGCCCAGCUAGCUCAGCAGUUAGCUGAGGAGGAGAGCUCCAAGAAGGAGCUCCAGAAGGGCACCUCACAACUGCAGGCUAAGCUGACAGUGGUGCAGGAAGAGCAGGCUGCACUGGGGCAACAGCUGAAGCUUGAGAGAGAGGUGCAUCAGAAGGAACUGAACAACAUGAAGGCAACAAUGGAAGACAGCAGGAUAAAGAAGGAUCAUGAAAUGCAGGCACAACUGAAAGAGGUUAAGGCAGAUGCAGUGUCAGACAAAGAGCUGUGUGGGGUGCUGCGCAUCAAGUUGGACAGGAUGAAGGAUGAGUGUGAUAAGCUGGCAGCACAGCUGAGCACAAAAGACGAGGCACAUGCACUUCUCCACAGAAAGUACCAUCUACUCAAACAGGAACUGGAUGACAAAGUCAGGUCAGGUGAUCGGAGACAUGCUUUGGAGUCAAAGCUGGAGGAGAAGGUGCUGCGGAUGGAAACAGAGCAAGAGGCAAUCUUUACCUCCAUGGGUGAGGAGCUAGACGCAGCCUGCCGCAGCCUUGCUAGGAAUGGUGAAGAUAAAUUACAGGCGAUCUCACAGAAACCUGGAUUAGUAAAAGACCCUCAUCGUUGGCUAGCCGAAACAAAGACAAAGCUACGCUGGCUGUGUGAGGAGGUGCGGGAGCGUGACACAAGAGAACAGCGCCUGAGGAAGCAGCAUCAGCAAACCAGGGAUCAGUUGAAGGCCCUCAGGCAGAGCCGGGACUCAGAACAGGCCGCUCUCCUGCAGCGCCUGGACCAGCAGGAGAAGCUUCUGCACUCCCUGAGCACUGAAAAGAAAGAGCUGUUGGAGAGGAGUCGCAGGAAGGAGGAAGAAAUGAGGAGCCUUCAGGACCGUGUUUUGGAUCUAGAGACGAACACAAGAGUAGCUUUGGACCACUUGGAGUCAAUUCCUGAAAAACAAUGUCUGAUGGAGAACUUCAAAGAUUUGGAGGAGUCACACCGGCAGAGGGAGAUGGUCGAGCAGCGUUACACCAAAUACAAAGAGAUCGUCUGGAACCUGCAGCACCAGCUGGAUGAGUCCAAACGCAGAAUACAAGAGUACAGGGACGAGAAAAUGGACACCACGUCCAGGAGCCUGAGACUGGCUGCUCUUUCUUCCUCCAUCAAAGGCCCAAGCACAUACCUUAGCAGCUCGAUGAGGUUUGACACACUGUCUCCUCACAAACGCCUGACCAGUUCAGAUUUGGAUGUCUCCGCCGUCCACGGGGCCAGACCCCUCACAGAUUAGUUUCAACCUCAAGUGAACCUUUAUCUGUAUCUCUACAAACCCAAACACUCGGUGCUUACAACUGACUCUACCUGCCUGGUGCUCAUACAGAACAAAGAGCAACUUGACUAUCCUAGGAGGCCUUGCACUCAACAUUAAUCCUCCUCGACUACCUCAAGCAGGCAAUCACCGAAGGUGCUUGACAGCAGAAGGCUAAGACGGUGAGAUUUCAGAGAGAUACUUUGAAGGAGGAGAUAUGCUUCUACACUGUAAAGGAAGAUAUACUGUCCAAGGCUUUAAUGUUAUUUAUAAAGAACCUGAAUUGAAUGUAUUUAAAGGUUUAAACCAAAAUGGAUUCACUGUUACAUUUUUUGCCAUUAUUCCAACAUUUUAACAGAACAGCUGUUUAUAUACUGUUUACCUUAUGACCAAUCUGUACUCCUAUUAUCAUGCCAAUGUGUUUGUGCUAAUGUGAUUUAGUAUACAGUAACUAACAAACAGAACUAUGGUGCCUGUUGAACAAUAUGCAGUUGUUUUGUUUUUUUUACUAACAUACUGGAUUGUCUAUCAUGGAAAUGUGACAAAUCUUUUGUUUUUCUUCAUUUUACCAACUCUUUUAAUGUAUUGACUACUUUUAUGACUUUUUUAUUUCAUGCAGUAUAUAUUUGUAAAAAGACACAAUAUGCACAAAAAGGUUGUCUAUUUUUUAUGAAAUGCGAAAGUAUAUGCACAAAGAAUA